AUGUCAUCCUCCUCUCCAUACACCACACGUCAAAUUGGCGCUGCUAAUACCUUGGACUAUAAAGUCUACAUUGAAAAAGAUGGUAAGCCAGUGUCACCAUUCCACGAUAUCCCAUUAUAUGCUAAUGAAGAGAAGACUAUUCUCAAUAUGGUUGUUGAAGUUCCAAGAUGGACAAAUGCCAAAAUGGAAAUUUCCAAGGAUUUGAAAUUCAAUCCUAUUGUCCAGGAUACCAAGAAGGGUAAAUUGAGAUUUGUUCGUAACUGUUUCCCUCACCAUGGUUAUAUUCAUAACUAUGGUGCGUUCCCCCAGACUUGGGAAGAUCCAAAUGUUGUACACCCAGAAACUAAAGCUAGGGGUGACAAUGAUCCAUUAGAUGUUUGUGAAAUUGGUGAGAAAGUAGCCAGCGUAGGUGAAGUUAAGCAAGUCAAAGUUCUUGGUGUUAUGGCGCUUUUGGAUGAAGGUGAGACCGAUUGGAAAGUUAUUGUUAUUGAUGUCAACGACCCAUUGGCCUCUAAAUUAAACGACAUUGAAGAUGUUGAGCUGCAUUUACCCGGAUUAUUGAGAGCUACAAAUGAAUGGUUCAGAAUUUACAAAAUCCCAGAUGGCAAACCCGAAAACCAAUUUGCUUUCAGUGGUGAGUGCAAGAACAAAAAAUACGCACAGGAUGUUAUCAAUGAAUGUGCUGAAGCUUGGUCAGCUUUGAUCAAUGGUCAAAGUGUUGACUCAAAGGGAAUUGAGUUGAGUAAUAGUUCUUUGGCCAAGACUCCUACUUAUAUUGCUGAAGUUUCCGAAUCUGAUGUCCCACCUGCUUCUCCAUUACCAGCUGCUCCAAUUGACAAAUCUAUUGAUAAAUGGUUCUUUAUCUCUGGUGCUCAUUAA